AUGCUAGUGAUUUUUAUUAAUCACAACAGCUACAUGAAGCACAGCAAAGCUGUACAGGAAUGGUUCAAAUCCCCCAAAUCCUGCCUAGAGACAAUCAUGGUGUACUUGGCACUUAUUUUAGUCACAUUUUAGUCAAUGACAUUUUUUGAGAUUUAGGUGACUACAAGAAAAAAAGACUAAAACAAUUGAGAUGACUAAAAUACGAGAAAAACUCAGACGUUCGUGGCUGUCCAAUCACAGACUUCCCAAUGCAGCUCAAUUAGAAGUCUUUACAAGGCAGGUGCUCUGGGCAAUUGCUGAGCUGAGCAAACCAAACCAGGAGGUAACAUGAACGGAUGUCUGAUUGACAGCCAGGGGAGGUGUAACAAUGUUAAUUUAUAAAAGUGCUGAUUUGUAUAAAAGUCAGCACUUUUUGUAAAAUGAAAAAAAAAGAGGACACACUCUUCAAACAUACAGCACGUUAGUACACUAAAGUUAUUUAGGGGUGUACGUUUAACGAGUUUCCUUUAAACAUUCUAUAUUUUCUACUGAUCUGUCAGUAGCCAUUUCUGUAUAUCAAUACAAAAGAUUAGCAUGUGGAAAAUAAAUUAUCAGCUACACUUAAAGCCUCCAGCAUCAUCUGGUUAAACCAUUGAAAAAAGUGUGCUCAAGUGCAUCCAGAAAUAUAUAUAUUGGCUCAUGUAUCUGUGUAUACACACAUAUAUACCGAAUAUGUGUGUGUGUGUGUGUGUGUGUGUGUAUGUGUAAUAAAUAUUUGCCAGAGUAUAUUGGUUAUCUUAAUUCAUCUGCCAUGAUACUCUGCCAGUUUUAUGGGCUUUAUUAAUUUUGUUACAAUUUAUUACUUUUUCGAAUUAGUCGAUAUGACAAUGUGCCAUUAACUCUCCUUUCACUUCCCCUUUCUCUCUCUCUCUCUCUGUAGGCAAUAUAUGUUUAUCACACCUGUUCUUUUGAAGAGCGAAGAGACAGGAAAAGUCUGUGUGACCCUCAAAAAAAUUGACGAGCCACUUGACCUCAAUGUCGUCCUACAAUUAAAUGGACAAAAUACCACCAUAUUCUCUGAGGAUGUUCCACCUCCGUCUUUCUUCCAGUGUAAUGACAUCACGGUGAGGCCAUUACUCCUAAAAGGAGAGCAAAUAUUUCUUAAUCACAUUACAGUAGUUAUGGUGUAUGGAGUGCCUAUGCGCUGGAUCCUGCAACAUUACUUAAAGGUUUAAUAACCAUUUUGCAGAGAUACUCAGCCUAAAACUAUAAAUAUUCUAUUAAAACAAUGAUAAAUAAAUCCCUAAAUCAAGAAUAGAAAUGCUAUUUGGUGGCUACAAGGCUGAAAAUAUGAUGGUUUUACUAUGUACUCACUGACAAGGGGUCUAGAUAGUUACACAAGCCACAGUCACUUUUUAUUUAUUGUAGAUCAGUUACAUUUAUAGUAACUUUUAAUUAAAAUUUACAGUGUUGUGUAAAUUUAUUUUUUCACUUGGAAAAUCAACAAUAUUUUUUUUUUUUGCCAGGACUGCCUAUACCUUUACAUAAAACCGAUUUAUUUAUUUUCAAUAUAUUGGAAACAUUUAUUUAUAUAUAUAUAAUUAUAUAAUAUAUAUAUAAUGCAGAAUAUUUCAGAUUUCCAAAACUUACCUUUUCAUUUGCUAGUAUGUGUCAUCACAUACGUCAAACUACAAAUGAUCCAUAAUUAAACUCGAUCUGUCACUAGAAAUUAACCUUAUCUACUCUGCUUCUAUACAGCUCUCUGUGUCUGAAUCUCUUUUCAUUUGAUUCCUGGGCACUUCAUUUUUCAGAAAAAAGAAAAGUAAGGACUACAGUCACAUUGACAUAACGUUUCAGUUGGCAAUCAUAUGUACCCACACUCCAUCAGUAAAAUCAGCCCAACUUCUGCUUUAAAUGCUUAAACUAAUUAUCUGGCAUCAUUACAACUUCCUCUUAAUUUACAAGCGGUUAAACUCCAAAAUGAUCCAGAGGUGCCCAUGCCCUCGAACCCGCUUCCUGCUCCUCAAUCCUAGGCUCCAAUGUGGAAUCCUUGAAUGGGUGCAGGGGAUAGGCUUAGAGCAUCAUCUUGCCAAACAGUUUAACCCCUGAGGUUAAGAAGGCAUCUGGCCCCAAAACAACUAAAAUAUGCCCAUGUUAUAAUGGGGAUAGGAUUGUUACUUUAAUUCAAUUAAAAAAAUAAAAUCACAAGAGGGGGGGGAUCUAUUCACCAAACCAUCAAACCAUUAACUAUAAGAAUUGAUAAUCAUUCCAAUAUUUAGUGCAAAAUAAUCAAAUUAUGCCAUUUCUCUCUCUGUCCACCACAGAGCAUAUAUGUGAGUGUAUGUAUGCUUAGGUAUAUGUGUGUCCUUUAAUUUUUAUUAUAAUGUGUUUUUCAUCAACUUUAAAACUAUUAGAGAUGAGACUUGACUGACCUACCUCUCUUAUUCCCACCAGGCUCCAUCGGCUGGAGAUCCAACAGUAGGCUUCAUAAUUUUUUCUGCCAUCGGAACCAACACCAAAAUCCUAGACCGAAAGUCAGUGGUGGUUCAGUCUACAGAGAAUCACUACUUUUUCCAAAUGGAUAAACCCCUCUAUAAACAAGGGCAGAAAGGUGAGGGCAAUAAAGAUUGA